CUCUGGGCCAAAUGUCUGUGUGACCAGGAUGACCCUGUUAUGUGACCAUGCUCCUGGACCCAUCACCAUGGACCUGACAGGAGACCUGAACUCUCUGAAGGAGAAGAGCUUCUCUGUUCAGGAAGGAGCGAAGUACAGACUAAAGAUUCACUUUAAGGUGAACCGAGAAAUAGUUGCUGGCUUGAGGUACCAUCAUGUGACCUCCAGAAAAGGAAUCAAAGUGGACAAGGUGUCGUACAUGGUGGGAAGUUACGGCCCAAAGCCGGGGGAGUACGAGUAUCUAAGCCCGGCUGAUGAAGCCCCCAAAGGCCUGAUGUCACGUGGCCAGUAUCAGAUCAAGUCCCACUUCAUCGACGACGACAAGAACGUCUUCUUGUCCUGGGAGUGGAACCUCAACAUCCUAAAGGACUGGAACGAAUAGAGAGGAGAGAGAGAAGGAAAGGGAGAGAGAGCGAGAAGGAGGAUGCUGCUCUCUUCCCUUCUCUCACUCCUAUUCUUCACCUCCCUCUCUUCUUUACACCGCCCAAAACAGGAGGCUCUACCUCUGCCUCCCCCUCCCCCUCCUCUUCCUCCUUCUCCUCCCUGUUCUCCUCUUCUAAUUUUUCUUCCUUGUCUGUUUGAUGCAGGUCUCAUGAAACCUGUGAGCAACUGGGACAUUUCGAGGAGAGAAUCCUCACUUCCUCUCCCCAUUAACCCUGCGUUGUAUCUGCAUUUCAACCCAUCCAUCCUAAGUUAUCCACAUGAAGGAGUCUCCCUUCAGUUUAACUUUCAGUCUCCUCCCUCCUCAUCCUGUUAUAUGUCCAGGGGCCCGAGCUGAGAGGGGGACCCCAAAAAACCCCUUAAAUACAAUAACGAGUACGUACAGUGGACUGCCACGAAACUGUGGUCAGAACCCCCCCCACGAGGCCUCCUGCCACUAUCUUUCUGCCAAAAGCUUCGUAAUAUCAGAGGUUUGGAUGGAGACUAAAACUGUAUCAUGUGUCAUGUGCUUCUUGACGAGAGGGUCCAUUUUGGUUUUAUGUAGGGCCCCCGCAGGUCACUUCUGAUGGGGCCCUCAAGUCCCUUUAAACGCCCCUGCAUGUUUCCAUACGUUCAUACAGCAGCAGGUGAUUAAAGAAAAUCAGUAAAGGCAGAAAGGGAAGAACAAUAAACUCGGGAUUAAGUCCUGGAAUGACUUGUUUCAGUUGAAGGGUCCAAUAUCUUACACCCAAGCCUGACGCAAGUGUCACUAUAGUUUUAAACUGAUGUAAUUGUUAUUUUCACGUUGUUUCCAUAGUAAAUGUAUUAACGCCCAGCUGAGCACCUAAAAUGAGGUGUAGUCAGGACUUUUGUCGUCUUGAGGCUGUGGAUGAACCUGAUCUGAGGUCAGAAUGUUUCUUUAAGGUCUAAUUAGGAUCUUUCUUUGAGUCAGUCAGACGGGGAUAUCAUAAACUCCAAUAUAGACUACAAAUAAAUUUCAAUAUUCCUCUUCAAAUUGUUGUAGUUCCAAAACGGCCAAUUCAGUUUUGUCAUAUGGUGUCAAGACUUUGAAAAAAGACGUCAGAAAUGUAACUGUAAGUGUUUCUUCAUGCAUUUAUUUAGUUACUACAUAUGUUUGAUUUCAUAGGUUUUUUUUAUAGAUCAGUUUGUUCAUCGAUUACGGGAAGAGGUUCAGCCAUGUUAUGUCAUCUUUUAUCUUAUUUAAUAUAAUAACUUCUAACUUCCUGAUUCUCACUUUUUAUUGCAGUCAACAAACACACGUAUUUUACAUCAGUAUAAAUCAUCAACUGCAGUUUUGAUACAACAUAUGAAGGAAUAUUUUAGAGUCCUUUGAUAAAAUGACCCACGAAAUGAUCAGAACGUUUCUUUCCAAACCAUUCAUACACUGGUAUGAAAAAGAAAAUGAAUUCACUUCACUUACAUUAUUUGAUUAAACUUUUUUAGGAGUUGUGUUUGCUUUUAAAGCAGCAGUUUUCUUUGUGGAGCUUUUUGAAAGAGCAGAACAAGGAAAGAGUGAACCUGAACUGUGUAUAUUGUAGAAAGAGAUGCAUGUAUGUCCUUUAGGAUUUGAUACUAUUCACACAGUGAAAAUAAACAAACUUAGCCAUUUCUAAACCGCUCUCCUGUUCCGAGGACACAAGAUGUGAAUAAAAAUAUGCUCUGAACAUUUCAAUGAAACAUUUUGAAGAUGGUAGCUGGAGAACAGUGACGUACUGACAGAGAAGGGAUGAACUGAUUCCCCCUUUAAAAUAUAAGAAAUAUCAUUAUUGUGUCAAGUCUUUGGAUAUGAUAUUAUCAUUGUUGCUGAACAUAUUGAUCAUCGAACUACCAUUUGAAACUGUUGUGAUCUGAAACUAACUGUAAAUGUUGGCUUGUUGGGUGUUGCAUGGUGUAACCGGAUUCUCUCUUCCUUUUUUUUACAACUUAAUUGUAAAAAUUUAAUGUGAUUUAAAAAGAAAAGAAGAUGCUGAUGCGAUAUCCAGAGCUCCCUUGUUGCCAGAUACUGAAGAUUCAGUAUUUACAUGGGACAUUUUAAAGGCACAGAUAGCAGCAGCAGUCUGUGUCUCGUGGCCCCCCGUCAAAUAUUGGUGUCAAAUGGAGCAUCCUGUAUCUUUUAAUAAAGGCAAUUCA